GUGAGAGUGAAGACUAGAAGUGGAAGUUACUAACCACAAGUUUGACAAGAUGUCUGGAGGAGAUACUCGGUACCUGAUGACUAUUGACGAUGGAUCCAAGAACGGAAGACGAUCUCUGAGUCCGGUGUGGUGGAUUGGAGCUGCUGUUGUCUGUCUGCUGCUUCUUCUGCUGACUGUGAUCUUGGUGGCACACAAUACCAGUGCUAUCAAUCAAUGGGAGACAAAGUAUGAAACCCUGAUCUAUAACCUGACAAAAGACAGGACAGACAAUCAACCAGACAUUCAAAAGAGUCGCUCCAGCAGCCUGACUCAAGAAAGAGAUGUUCUCAGAAAUGAAAGCGAAGCUUUGAAAGCUGAGCGCACCACUCUGAAAAAUGAGCGAGAUCAACUCCAGAUACAACUCAGCAACCUGACUGAAUACAAAAAUGCUCUCAAAGAAGAGCGAGACGCUCUGAGGAAUGAACGAGGGGCCCUGACAGCCGAGCGUGGUGCUCUGAAAGACGAACGAGACAGUCUGAAGAGGCUGACCCUCAACCUGACUAAAGACAGAGACACUCUGAGGAACGAGCAGGAUGCUCUGAGAGACGAGCGAGACCAGCUGAUGGUUCAAUCCAGUAACCUGACCAAAGAGAUGGAGGCCCUGCAGAGGCAAUACAAACUUGUGGUUGCAAGUCGAGAUAGGCUUCAAGCGGAGGUCAAUCGGCUCAACCUCAACCAAACAGUUAAAAUUUGUAUUCAGGGAUGGAGCUUGCACAACAACAAGUGCUACUACUACUCCCGGGAAGGACAGUCUGAAACCUGGGAAAAAAGCAGACAAGACUGUCAGGAAAGAGGAGGGGAGCUGGCCAUGCCGAAAACAAAAGAUGAGCUGAAGUUUGUCAGCAGAGGUAACAGCUACACCUGGAUUGGUUUGUCAGACAGGGUGCAUGAAGGCAUGUGGGAGUGGGUGGACGGGACCGAGCUAGAAGGAGAGGACAUGUGGAAAGAAGGUGAGCCAAAUAAUGCUGGAGGAGAGGACUGUGCAGAGGUUUCACGGGAUGAAGUGAAACUGAAUGAUGCACCUUGUAAAAGGAAAUUUUCAUGGGCAUGUGAGGCUUGAUGGUCAAAGGGUCGCAAUUAGAUGUUUAUGUCAGCCCCUUCAAAAUAGAAACCCUGAAGACAGUGUUUUCAUGUGUUUCCUUCUGUAACUCUAUAUGAGAUUAUAGCUAUAUAAGAUGUGUAUCACUGGUGCUUAAAGUAUGGAAAAUCUGUGGAGUUUUUUCUUCUCUCUUUGUUUUUUAUGGAACAUUUUGAGAUGAGACAGAAUGAGUUGCCUCAUAUCAUCACAGUAUUGCAUUUUAACCUUUUGUUCAUGUUUUAUUCAUUAAGACAUUAUUCAGAGGUGACGGUUUUGUAUCUUUUGUAUAUUUUUUCUGUCUGAUUCUAAAAUAAACAGUAAC